AUGGCUGAUUACAGCAAAUGGAAGGUCACCGAUCUCAAGGCGGAAUUGAAACGCCGCGGCAUCCCGCAGACGGGCUUGAAGCUCAAACAGAACUUCAUUGACAAAUUGCUGGAGUUGGACGCGCUAGCGCAGACUGGAGUCGUCACUGGAGAUGGCGUGCCGGCGCAAGAAGGUACGGACGACCAGGAGGGUGAAGAUAGAAUAGAGGCAGAGGAGCCUUCCCCUGCCCACCAGGAUGAGAGUGAAGCUCAGCAGACCAACGAUGUCACCGAGUCGCAGCAGGAAGAAGCCGUUUCAGCGGCUGAACAAUUGCAAUCAUCAUUAAAAGAAUCUGCGCCUGUGAAGGAAACUGCGGUAGACGCCGAAGCUGACGAAAAAGCCGUGAAUGAUCGAGCUGUCCCUCAGCUCGACGAACGAGUCAUCUCUGAGCCUCCUGCAGAAGAAUCCACACACGUGGGCAGAGACGCCGCAGAACCUGACAAGCCAGAAGUCGAAGAGACCAUAGUAGUCUCUCAGCCCUCUGCAGAAGCAGCAAUGAGCCACGAGCCGCCCACGUCUGUCUCUGAAGUCGCUGAUGACCUGCGCAAAAGAAAGCGACGUAGCCCGAGCCCUCCUCCUUCCUCUGAAACGAUAAAGAGAGCUAAGUCGGAUAACGAAAAUCCACGGGUGAUACUGAAGGAGGAUGUCGGCGCCGAGAAUCUUCCCCAGCGCUCCGCUGAUGUGGAUGACCAUCAAACCGUGGUGCAGGAUAAUAUUCGCGCCGAUCCUGCAGAGGCAGUAGCCGAGAGUGAUCUUCAGCGAUCGAAAACGGACAUUGAUGACCAAGAUAUGGACAGAGAGGCUAGACGGAGUUCCCUAUCGCAGGCAGAAGGAAACAAAGGGGCGGCUCCCCCUGCCACACGACAAGACCCCCGCUUCAAAGAACUCUUUUCCCCCAUUGAGGAGAGAAAACGGCCAGUCUCACCUGGACGCACUGCCGGCAUAGGUGAGGAUGAGGACCGGCAGGUUGAACCGGCGCUACAUCCAGCCACCUCUGCAAUUUACAUUCGCAAUUUCAUGAGACCCCUUCAACCCGCCACCCUUAAAAACUAUCUGAUAUCCCUCGCUUCUCCUGCAGGAGCCUCUCCAAACCCUGAUAUCAUCCUGGAGUUCUUUCUUGACUCGAUCAAGACACAUGGCUUUGUUCGCUUUACCAGUGUGUCCGCCGCAUCGAGGGUCCGAUCUGCACUGCAUGGCACUGUCUGGCCCAAUGAGCGUGACCGGAAGCCUCUAUGGAUCGACUUCGUACCGGAGGACAAGCUGAGGGAAUGGAUCAGCAUCGAACAGGAAUCAGAAUCCCGGGGUCGUGGCGGGCCACGCUGGGAAGUUGUGUACGAAAAGACCGAGAACGGUGUAGAAGCAGUUCUACGAGAGUCUCGAACCGUGACCACCGCAUCUGCGCCCAGUCGUGGACGCGACGGCGGGCAAACUGCGCCGAGAGCGCCUCCUGGCCCGCGCGGGAGCAUCGACAUGGAUCACCGGCGGGGUAGCCAGGCUUCCGGUGCACCACGAACUCGAGGUGGGGAGGGAUUCAAAGCUCUCGAUGACCGGUUCCUGUCCACCAAAACGAAGCCCAAACUGUACUAUCUCCCUGUCCCUAGGGACGUGGCAGAGAGACGGUUGGAUCAGUUCGCUACCUUGGCAAGAAAAGGUCCCCGACGUCGCGGCGGUGACGAAAUGAGACGGAUUACGUUCGAGGAUGGCGAUGCGUUCGUUGACAAUGGCCCCGAAUACGGGGGACCGCCUGCUCGUGGAGGGAGACGCCGAGGAGGCGGAUCGUGGAGAGGCCGGGGCUAUUAA